GCGCAGACGUGAAUUGAAAUGUUAGGCUAAAGAGUGAGGUUAUUUAUUAGUUUACUUCUCAAAAAUCUAGUAGAAUAAGUAGAACUAAUUAGAAGUAUAUGGAAGUAAAUGCGAUUUUUAUUGAACGGUAGUGCAGUCGUUGUUGUCUAAUGUAAUCAUAGGAAAAGUAUAUACAAAAUAUAUUCUUGCACUAAACGAAUGCAAGCCAAAGUACCGAUGAAUUCAAAUUUAAGAUAUUAACAGUCAAAUAAUAAUUCUAUAGUUCAAGCAUCGUUGAAAAUGGGGAAGAAAAGAAAUAUUCAACCUCCACCAAUAACGCCAGGACGGAUAAAAAUAGAAAUAAAAAAUGAAAUAGGAGAUAGUGAUGUUCUUGUAGCAAGGGAUCGUUUAAAAGGCGCUCUUCGAGAAUUAUUACACCAUAGUGAUACUGGUUCAUCAGCAGAAUCAGAUGACAGUCCUAUUUCGGAUUAUAAACAUCCCAUGAAAAAAAUGACAAAAUCUAUGAAUAUUCCACGGAGAGUCAGACGUCGUCGGCCAAUACAGACUGACACAGCGUUCCAUCAUACAUAUGUGAUGAAAUUAUUUGAUCGCAGUGUCGAUUUAGCUCAAUUUCAAGAAGACACACCACUAUAUCCAAUAUGUCGUGCUUGGAUGGCCAAUCAACCGAGAAAUCCUCAUUUGGCUCCUAAAGUGCGAAGUCCAAGUCCAGAAAUAAUUAAUGAAGUUAACACGGCAAAUAAUUUAAUUGGUACUGAUGGUGAGCUAAAUGAUGUUCAUUAUUUGCCACCUCCUUUGCCUCGUGAAGAAGCCAUACCAAGAAAUCGUAUUCCAUCCCCUAUACUUGAAGAAAAAGAUGAUUUGAACUUAGAUUAUGAAGGACAAAUUCUCAAAACGCGAGAACAAUUAAUGAAAGAUCAUAUUGAACGGUGGAAUGCUAUACGCAAAAAAUGGCAUCAGCAAGCGCAUAAAAAUGAACAACGUUAUUCACAAAGUGCUACUAUACUUGGCACCAUUUUUACAAAAGCACAAUCGGAAUUUGAAUAGCA